AUGGAUCGACGCCUCCGCCCCAUCGACCUCCGACGCGUUCGCCAGCGAAAGGCACGGCGGCACAGCCUCCGCCUUGCUGCUCUCGAAGCCGGCUUCUCGCCCGCUACGCCGCUCGCACUGUUCGCGGUUGUCGUACACGGCCUGCCGAUGACGGAGGAAGCCGAGGAUCGGCUUGUGGAAGCGGUAGAAGGAAGGGUGACCGAAGUUGGUGUCGUGCGCUCGGUCCGGCGGCUGCCGUCGAGGAGGGAGGGCGCGGAAUGCGGGUCCGCCAUCGUCGUCCUGUGGUACAACGAGGUCGUCAGCCAUCUGCUCAGUGACGAGGGACGCCUCUGGAUCGACCCAGUGACCUGCGUGAGGUGCGAGAGGGCGAGAGGGAAGAAAGAGAUGACGCACGAAGGGGAGGCGGGCAAGCCGGCGGAGAGGACCGCGGGAGGCGCCAGGGCGGCGCCGUGCGGGUCGAAAAGCAUGCAGAAGGGAGCAGCCGGUGCUCAGGAGCAGAAGAAGCGGGAGAGGCGUGAGGAGAAGAAGGAGAAGGUCGAGCCGGCUCGCGCGAAUCUCGCUCAGUCCGGCGGCGGCUCGCUCGCAACUUCGCCCUCGCUCGACGGGAACGGAUGCAACGCGCCUAUUACAACCAUUACAACGUCCUCUACACGCAGCGGACUGCAAGUAGGUCACAAGUUUAUUGUGCCUUCCGCUACGAGUCCAGCAGACGACCGCCACGCAAGUGAGCACGAACGCACCUUCGCAGGAUCUCCCGCCAGUCUCGCCAGCCGAGGCGACCUCGACGAUGCCGACGACGCCGGCGUGGCCGAGUGCAAAUGGCCGGACCUGCAGGAACACAAAGUCGGGUCAGCUCUCCGCCUCGCACGCCCUUUCGCCGCUCCUGGCCCCGACGGAGUCCCCAACGCCGUCCUGCAAGCCGCCUGGCCCGCGCUCAAGGCCCGCCUCGUCCCGCUCCUCGCUGCCUCGCUCCGCCUUGGUCACCUGCCGACGAGCUGGCGCGACGCGACCGGCAUUGUCUUGAAAAAGCCGAAGAAGGACGACUAUUCGCUCACCAAGUCGUACCGGCUCAUCUGCUUCGAGCGCUGCAUCAGCAAGCUUCUCGAGUCGAUCGUAGCGAGGCAAAUCACGCACCUCGCAGACGCGCUCCAGCUCCUCCCGCCCAACCACUUCGGCACCCGACCAGGUAGAUCUGCCGAAGACGCGGUAGUCUGUUUCGUGGACGAGAUCAGGCGUCAGUGGCGGAACGGAAAUGUUGUACUCGGCAUCGCACUCGACGUCGCCAAGGCAUUCCCGUCGGUUCGGACUGAAGUGCUCGUGCGGGAGAUGGAGGAGAAGGGCUUACCGCGCUCGCUCCGCCGGUGGACCAAGUCCUUCAUGUCGAACCGGACGUGCACACUGCGUUUGGAAGGCGGCAGCAGCGAACCCGCCGACUGGAGGAGCGGCUUACCGCAAGGUUCACCGCUCAGCCCGAUCCUGUUCCUCCUCUACAACGCCGCCGCACUCGCGGCGUGCAAGACCUCAACAUCGACGGCGUUCGGCUGGGUGGACGACUUGAAUGUCCUCGCCUGGGGAAGAAGCGUCGAGGAAGCGGUUAGCGCAGCCCAGCGGAUCGUCCCCGGCCUCGAGGAAUGGUCAACAACGCACCACAGCCUAUUCGAGCCCUCCAAGACCUUCGUCACGCGCUUCUCGCCUGCACGAGACCACUCACCCGACGACCCGAAGGUCGUGCUCUGCGGCGAGGAACUCAAGUACUCGUCAGCGCUCGGGAUGCUGGGCGUCACGAUCGACGAGCGACUCACCUUCAAGGAGCACAUGGCAUCGUGCGCGUCGAAGGCGUCAAAGGCGCUCGCGAAGUUUGUGCGACGGCUGGUCGAGGCGGUGGUGCUGCCGCGCCUGACGUGGUGCGCUGCGGCGUGGUACAAACCGGGAGCGACGGUCAGUAAGGUUCUGCAGCAGGCGCAGAAGGCCGCUGCACGCGUCGUCACGGGCGGAUAUCGGACUACCUCCCUCGCCGCUCUCGAAGUCGAGGCGAACCUCCUCCCGCUAGACCUCCGCCUGACCCACCAAGUCUUUUGCCUCGCCCUACGCCUCGCCUCGAGUCCGUCAGAUUCCGCGCUCCACGGCCGUUUUUGCCUCGCUCGCCCCGCGCUGCCCGCCAAACACCCGUCCCCGAUCCACCUCGCGCUCCACUCCUUCCCAGCACUCCUCCAGCCCCGCACCCGAGUCGAAUCAAUCUCCUACUCACCUCUCGCGCCUUGGUCGAGCCCGCCACGUUGCCGGCUGGUUGUCGACGUGUCAAAGGAGGCGUUGGUCAAGUCGCACGGUCGAGAAGUCCGCGACCUCGACGCGGUGGGCAGCCUGGCGGCGUACUCGGACGGCUCGCUGCUCGAGACUCGAGCUGGCGCAUCGGCGGUUGUGCGGUUCGGUGGGGGAGAGGACGAGCUGUGGGGGAAGAAGGCGAGGGCCAUGGGUCAGCUCCAGUCGGUCUACUCGGCGGAACUCGAAGGCGCGCGUCUCGCGCUGGACGGCAUCCAGCAGUCCCUCAGCACUACGCCAGCGCCCUCCGCCACGCUUUUCAUCGACAACCAGUCCGUCGUCCGCUCGCCGUUCGACCCAUCCCCCACCGCCGGCCAAUCCUCCCGACUCGCCCUGCGCGCACUCGCCCUGGCGCUCGAGCACGACCACCCAGACGCUCGACUCACCCUGCAGUGGCUCGCCGGCCAUCUUGAGGUGCCGGGGAACGAGUUGGCGGACGAAGAGGCAAAGAGGGCGGCGGGAGUUGGCGAUGACGAGGUGGGGAAGUCAAAGGGCGGGCUUGCGGGCGUGCGCAGCCGGCGCAGGCGCGGUCCUAAGCUGUUCAGGCCGAACCAGGACAGCAGCAGCUCGUCGUCAGCGGACGAGAGCGGGUGGGAGGAAGACGAGGAGGAGCGGGCGGCUCGCCUCGAGCGCGAAGUCGCUCGCCUCGCACCCUCCAACGAGCUCCCCCGCACCUACGCGACGCCAUCGAAGGACGCCUCCGCCCCAUCAGCCGUCGGCGCAACUUCCACCGGCAACAGCGACCUCGGGACCGUUCUUGAAGCAGAGAAGACUCCUGCGGGUGCAAUGUGUCAGCAAGUAAGUCACCUGCCAGUCGAGUAUGCAGCCCCGGCGCUACACGCACCUGCGAAGUCAUACGGAGUUGAAACCCGCGUUAGCGAGGAAUCCUCUACUUCCGCAGAGUCGGAGUACGCACCGUUCUUGCCCUCGCUACGAGCGCCCUCCAGCGAGCUCCACUGCAUCGACGCGACGCCAUCAACCGGCGCUUCCGCACCAUCCACCUCCGACAUGAUCCUCGUCGGCAACUCGCCGCUCUCCCCAAGACUCGCCGCCCGCCGUCAAUCUCCCUUGCCCUUCCUCGAGUCCGAGACCACUAGCGGGAUCUGGUCUCAUGUCCCGACGCCGCUCACCGACCGCCCAACCCAGUACCGCCCCAUGCCGAUUGUCGACUUCGAACCGACCACGAGCGAGGCGGAUGGCGGGGCGGACCGCUCGUGGGCGGACGAGACCGAGGCGGAAUUCCCCAUCGCGAAAGCGAAAGAGGAAGUCGGAGAAAAGAAAGAGGAAUGGCAAAACCUCCUCCGCCUCCGCAAAAACCCCAACCUGACCACCACCGACAUCCUCCUCAUCCAAGAACCUCCUCGCCCCCUCAAGCCCUUCAACGAUCCCAGAUGGCGACUUGUCACACCACCACCAACCUCGCACCCCGACGACGAACCCGCGCCUAUUUACAACCUCAUCCUCCUCUCGACCCGCCUCGGUCCGGCCACUGCGACGCAAGUCGCGGUUGAUUCGGGCGACGUCGUGGCAGUCAAUGUCGAGCUGUUGGAGGGCAAGAAGAUACGCGUGAUCAGCGUGUACAACCCUUGCAACGAGCGAGGGAAGGAGGUGAGGUACUUACCGUACAACCAUUCCGUCUCCACUAUCCUCCCACCGCUGCUCGCCGCGACUCCCCCCUCCUCGCUCGUCAUUGUCGCCGGCGACUUCAACCUGUUGCAUCCGGAGUGGAACGAGUCAGUGGGCGAACCGGACAAAGCAGCGGAAGUAGCAGUACGCACUUUCUCCCGAUUCAACCUCGUGCACUUCCUCGCGCCCAACACCAUCACCUACCACCCGCACAACCUCGAACACCCGAAGCGACCACUCGACCUCAAGACCGAGUCGUCAGCUGAGGACUCGCCGAUGACCUCGAAUCCGGAUCCGACCACCGCCCCCAUUCACCGAUGCAACCUCCCGCCUCCCAACCUCAACGCCCCUCACCCGCCCGCCGACAUCGAUCAGCGAGCAGACCAACUCACCGAUGCACUCCAGAUCGCCAUCUCCGCAGCCACGCCCUUUGCCCGAGCCCGAGCCGGACGAGUAGUCCCGUGGUGGGACGACGAGCUCGCCAAGGCGAGCAAGGCAGCGAGACGCUCGGCAAACCUCGCGUUCAGACUCCGAGGCAUCGCAGGUCGUGAGGAAGAUGAGAGAGGGGCGUGGGCGGAGAAGAAGAGGUCGAGGAAUGUGAUGAAGGCGAUGAUGAGGAGGAAAAGGGAUGAGUGGGAAGAGGUCGAGAUGGCGAGCGUGACGGAGGCAACGCUAUGGACGACAGUCAAGAAACGGAUCAGUGAAUCCUCGACCGCUAACACCACGACCCCGCCGCUCCGAAAAGGAGACGGGACGUACGCGACCUCCGCCCUCGACAAACUUGGCCUCCUCCGCCCGAUCCUCCUUCUCACCGUCCUCCCAAACCCUCCUCGAGCAGCCUCGCCCUCCCAACUACCCGCCGCGCACCCGCAAACCCAACCUCCACCCGGCCGCAACCACGACUGCCCAACUUCGCGCCGGCCAGUACCGCAACCUGCAAAGGCGGAAGAAGGGAGGAGAGUCAGUGGUGCACAAGUAAGCCCCGAGUUUAUUGUCCACCCCGCUACUCUCGAAGCAGACGACCGCCACGCGAGUGAGCCAAGACGCACCUCCGCAGAAACGACGGCGAAGACGAUGGCGACGGCGACGACCAAGACGACGACGAUGACGACGGCGGCGACGAGGAUGGCGGCGACAAGGACGGCAGCGACAAGGGCGGCAAAGGCGGACGACGUGGCGAAGGGAGAUGGAAAGGGGAAGACGAAAACGAGGCCGGGGUUGGUUCCUGAAGGCGAGGAACGUCAGCAAGUACGUUCCCGCCAGUCGUAUUGCAACCCUCUGAGGGCUACGCGCACGAGUCCCGACGGAAUUGAAGCCCGCGCAAGCGAGGACCGCUCAAAUCCCGCAGAACUCGACGAGGACGUACUGCACUCCCCGCCAACGACAUCCCUGCCCUGGCCGGACCUGCACAAGUGCGAAGUGGAGUCAGCGAUCAUGCAGGCUCGACCGUUUGCCGCCUGCGGACCGGACAACAUCCCGAACCACGUCCUCCAACUCCUCCUCCCGCUCCUCCUCCCGCUCCUCACCCCGCUGUACUGCGCCUCCCUAGCCCUCGGACACGUCCCCCAGUCCUGGCGCGACGCCUCCUGCAUCGUCCUCCGCAAACCCAAAAAACCCGACUACCGAGACCCGAAGGCUUACCGUCUGAUCGCGUUCAAGCGCUGUAUCGCGAAGGGGCUUGAGCGCGUCGUCGCAGCUCGCUUAGCGCACCUAGCCGAGUCGCACGGGAUGCUACCGGCCUCGCACUUCGGCGGAUGGAAGCGGAGGUCGGCGGAAGAUGCGGUCGUCUGCGUCGUUGACGAGAUCAAGAGUCAGUGGAGGGCCGGAAAUGCGGUCGUCGGCCUGGCGCUCGACGUCUCCAAGGCAUUCCCAAGCGUACAGACGGGAAGGCUCACGGAGAACCUCAAGUCCCGCGGCCUGCCCGAUCACGCCUACCGCUGGAUCCGCUCGUUCUUGUCGGACCGGUCCUGCACCCUACAACUCGAAGGCAUCGUCAGCGAGUCUAUCGAAUGGACAAGUGGACUUCCGCAAGGCUCACCGCUGUCACCCAUCCUCUUCCUCAUCUACAACUCGCCGCUCCUCGAGUCCUGCGAAUCAGCGUCGACAUGCGGAUUUGGCUGGAUCGACGACGUGAACAUCCUGUCAUGGGGCAAGACGGUCGACGAAGCGGUCAGCGCAAUGAACCGGAUCGUGCCGGGCCUCGAAGGCUGGUCUGACUCGCACUCGUCCGCCUUCGAGCCCACCAAGACAGAAGCCACAAUCUUCCUCCCUCCUGCCCGCGCCAUGCCCACAAAUCCCUCCCGAGUCGUCCUCCGCGGCCACCGCAUCGAGUUCAAAUCGACUCUGACAAUGCUGGGAUCGAAACUCGACUCACGAUUGUCGUUCCGCCCCCACACCGCAUCCUGCGCUUCCCGCGCAUCCGCCUCGGCCACCGCAAUCGCCCUCGUGACGCGCUCCAAAGCCGGCCUCAAACCGCGACUCGCCCGUCAGCUCGUCGUCGCCUGUGUCGUGCCGAGGUUGUUGUGGGCAGGUGCGGCGUGGUACGACCCUGCUAAGGGUAGGGACAGGACAAAAGAGUUAGCUCGCGUCCUCAAGGCAGGAGCGAUGGCAGUGACGGGCGGCUUCCGCUCGGCAGCUGGUGAAGCCCUUGAAAUCGAGGCCGGCCUACUUCCGAUCCACCUCCAACUCGACCGCGCCGUCUUCCGCCUCGGCCUGCGCGCUCUAUCCGCAACACCAUCACACCCCCUUCACGCCCGCACCAACCGCGCCCGCCGCUCGCCAGCAACCCGCCACCCCUCCCCUCUCGACCGCGCCCUCGACUUCCCACUCCUCCGAUACACAACCGUCGAGCCCAUCCACACCGACCCCGUUCCGCCCUGGUCACCCAACCCAGCCCCGCCAGUGGCGCUCGCCCGCGGAAAGGAACUUGGCACGUACGAGCACGGCCAAGCCGUCCAGUCCCUCCCCAUUGGCUCCCUCCUCGUCUAUUCGGACGGAUCUAUGGGCGAGUCGGGUCUGGUAGGCGCCGGAGUCGCAGGGAGACAGUGGGAUGGGAGGUCGAAGGUGAUCCUGAAGGAGGGAGAAGGAGUCGAGGUCGAGGGAUGGGAGACGACGAGCAAAGGGACGGGUCAGUAUCAGACGGUCUACGCGGGCGAGAUCCAAGGGAUCCUCCUAGCACUCCAGGCCGUCCAACACACCGCUGACCCGCCUUCUCGCGUCCUCCUGUCCGUCGACAACACGUCCGCCCUCACCCACCCGUCCGACCCCUCGCCGUCAUCCGGCCAACACCUUCGCCUGGCGAUCCGCCGGAUGUUCGAGGAGCUCAAACGCACCUGUGUGAGCACCUCAAUCAUCCUCUCCUGGUCGCCGGGCCACGUAGGCGUCGUCGGGAACGAAGUCGCGGAUCUGGCGGCGAAGGAGGCGGUGCGGACGAUGGAGUCAGCGGCGCGCGAGCGGGAGGCGCGGAGGGAUCGCAAGGCGCACCUGAAGGGGCGUCUGGCGUUCGUGCCAGAGAUGGCGGAACUGUCAAGUGGGUCGAGCGAGGGGGAGAGCGAGUGGGAGGAGGGAGGGCGAGGAGGCCGGGCGACCCGCCAUCUCGCCAAGUCGGCCCGCGUCACACAACUCAGCGACGACGGCUCGCCAGGCUCUUGGUCCAACGCUCAGCUACCGGCUAGCAUCUCGGCGCUAUGGGCUGCACACAAGCAGGCGACGCGCACGCGGUGGGAUGAGGAAUGGCGCCGCUCCACCGUCGGCCGCCAGCUCUUCGCCGCGUCACCGCUCGCCUCGCGCUCGUUCAGGUACUACGACGGGCUCAGCAGGCGACAAGCAACCCUACUCUGCCGCCUCCGCACCGGCGCGUCCUCUCUCAACGCCUACCGCGCCAAGUUCGACCCGGCACGCGACCCUCUCUGCGGAUGCGGCGAGGAGGAAGAUCGGGAACAUCUCUUGCUCACCUGCCCGCUCUACGACAAUGCUCGCAACACGCUCGUCAAGCACCUCCGAUUACGCAAACUCCCCACUGCCGGCGCUCUCCUCGGCAACCCGUCCUACCGCGACCCUCUCCUCGACUUCCUCGACUCCACAGGCCGAUUCCCGCAACUAUACUUACCCUACAACCACUCCGUCUCAACCAUCCUCCCCCCGCUCCUCGACUCAACCCCCGCCUCCUCACUCGUCGUCGUCGCUGGUGACUUUAACCUAUCGCACCCAGAAUGGGACAAGUUGGCAGCCGACCCAGACGAAGCGGCGGAGGAAGCGGUGCGUACCUUCAUCCAGCACAACCUCACGCACUAUCUCCCGCCCAACACCAUCACGCACCACCCCCACAACCCCGAGCAUCGCAAGAAACCCCUCGACCUUGUCCUCGGCUCGCUGCGCGCAGUAGAACAAGUCGUCAGCUGCGGACUCGCCGAAGACCUCGAGUCCGGGUCCGACCACCGCCCCGUCCGACUUGUUCUUGCCCUCGAGACCACCACCUACUCCCCAUCACCUCGCCGCGCCUUCCGCCGGACGGACCCUGACCUCCUCGAACGCGCCUUCCGGGAUGCAAUCGUCCACCUCCCGGCCUCCCUGCUUCUCACUGCCACUGACGUCGAUCAGCGAGCAGACGAACUCACCAACGCACUCCAGAUUGCCAUCUCCACCGCCACGCCCUUUGCCCGCGCCCGAGCCGGCCGAAUCGUCCCGUGGUGGGACAACGAGCUCGCCAUGUCGAGCAGGGCGGCGAGACGCGUGGCGAAUCGAGCGUUCAGGAUUCGAGGCGUCAUUGGCCGCAGAACCGAGGGAGAAGAGGCGUGGCGCGAGAAGCAGAGACGAAGGAACGAGGUGAAGGCGAUGAUGAGGAGGAAGAAGGAGGCGUGGGAAGAGAGGGAAAUGGCGGCAGUAACGGAAGCGACGCUGUGGUCGACAGUCAAGAAACGCGUCAGCAAAUCCGGCUCAGCUAACACCACGACCCCGCCGCUACGGAAGGGAGAUGGGACAUACGCGACCUCCGCCCUCGAGAAACUCGCCCUUCUCCGACCAAUCCUCCUCCCCACCGUCUCUCCCAACUCUCCCAGCACACCCACACCCACGCUACCCGCCGCGAGCCAUCAGAGCCGAAUUCCGCCGCCCCGCAAUCUUGACAUCCCAACUUUGCGCCGGCCCGAACCGCAACCUGCGAAGGGGGGAGAAGGGAGGAGAGUCAGCGGAAUGCAAGUAAGCCCCGAGUUUAUUGCCUACCCCGCUACUCGAAAGGCAGACGACCGCCGCGCAAGCGAGCCAGAACGCACCUCCGCAGAAACGACCACGAUGACGACGGCGACGACAACGGCGGCGACGAAGAGGGCAGCGAAGAAGGCGGCGACGAGGAUGGCGGCGACGACAAAGACGAUGACGACGAGAAUGGCGACGACGAGGGCGGCGACGGCGAACGACGAAACGAAGGGAAGGGGAAAGGCGAAGAUGACGGCGAGGCCGGGGACAGUUCCUGAAGGUGAGGAACGUCAGCAAGUACGUUCCCACCAUUCGUAUCGCAACCCUCAAGGGGCUACGCGCACGAGUAUCGACGGAGUUGAAGCCCGCUUUCGCGAGGAUCUCCCCAACUCCGCAGAUGACGUUGGGAACGCACCUGUCGACCCGCCCACGCCAUCCUUGCCCUGGCCGGAGCUGCAUGAAUGCGAAGUAUCGUCAGCUAUCCUGCAAGCCCGCCCCUUUGCCGCCUGUGGCCCCGACAACAUCCCGAAUCACGUCCUCCAGCUCCUCCUGCCACUCCUCCUCCCGCACCUCGUCCCCCUCUACCGCGCCUCGCUUGCCCUUGGCCAUGUCCCCCAAUCAUGGCGCGAUGCCUCCUGCGUCGUCCUCCGCAAGCCCAAGAAACCCGACUAUCGAGACCCGAAGGCGUACCGGAUGAUCGCUUUCGAGCGCUGCGUGGCGAAAGGACUUGAGCGAGUUGUCGCCGCCCGACUGUUGCAUCUCGCCGAGUCGUACGGACUGCUGCCGCGGUCGCACUUCGGCGGACGUCGUCGUCGCUCGGCGGAAGAUGCGGUGGUCUGCGUCGUCGACGAGAUCAAGGGUCAGUGGCGGAACGGCAACGCGGUUGUGGGCCUCGCCCUCGACGUCUCCAAAGCAUUCCCGAGUGUUCAGACGGAACGACUCGCCACGAACCUUCGAACCCGCGGCCUGCCCGAACUCGCCUGCGCCUGGAUCCGCUCCUUCCUGAGCGACCGGUCGUGCACCCUGCAGCUCGAAGGCAUCGUCAGCAAGUCAAUUGAAUGGACGAGUGGACUCCCGCAAGGCUCACCGUUAUCGCCCAUCCUCUUCCUCACAUACAACGCACCCCUACUCGACGCCUGCGAAACGUCGACGAUUUGCGGAUUCGGCUGUAUUGACGACGUCAAUGUUCUGGCGUGGGGAAAGACGGUAGACGAGGCAGUCAGCGCGAUGAACGAGAUCGUGCCGAGACUUGAGUCGUGGUCCGACUCGCACUCGUCCGCCUUCGAACCGACCAAAACCGAGGCAACAAUCUUCCUCCCUCCCGCCCGCCCAAUCCCCUCUAAACCUUCCCGCGGCAUCCUCCAAGGUCAUCAGGUCCAAUUCACCCCGUCCCUGACCAUGCUGGGAACGAAGCUCGACUCACGAUUAUCCUUUCGAGACCACAUCUCCGCCUGCGCCGCCCGCGCCACCACCUCGACGACUGCCAUCUCCCUCCUCGCCCGCUCGAAAGCCGGCCUCGCGCCGAAAUGGGCGCGGCAGCUGGUUGUGGCGUGCGUAUGGCCGAGGCUGAUGUGGGCUGCUGCCGCAUGGUUUGUUGGCGGCGUCGCGUUGCCCUGGGGCUCUCGACCUGAUGGAGAGGAGAGUAAGACGACGAUUGCAAAGCUAUACACGAAUCGCUAA